AUGGUACAAGUCAAAAUCAACGGCACUGUCAACGGUCAUAAGACUGUCAACGGAGUGAACGGGGUCAAUGGGCACGCUAAAGAAGAUUACAGUAGUAUCUUGACUAGGCCUAGACCUCAAGAGACACAUUUGUCAGCCAUCGAACCGGACUCAUUUUACGGUAAACUUCGUGAUCUUUACGCGGAGAAGGUGCUCAAGACUCAGCUUGAGCAACUCAAGAAACAAGGCAGUUACGAUGCAUUCAAGUUGCAAUGGCAUCCAGCGUAUGAAGUUCGAAGGCUCUACGGUGGUAAAGCGAGAACCGAUGGUAUUCCUCCGUCAUUAUUCUGGGAAUCAGACGUAGGAAAAUGGGUCGAAGCCGCAUGUUACUUCCUGUCUUGUCCUGAUGCCAAGCGAUUUACGCAUUAUGAAGAAUUCGACGGGGCGAUUCAAGAAUUGGUAGAUAUGAUAGAGAAGGCUCAACAACCUGAUGGGUACUUGAAUAUCUACUUUACAGUAGUGGAUCAAGAAGGGAGGUUCAAGAAUUUGAGGGAUAUGCAUGAGAUGUAUAAUGCUGGUCAUCUGUUGGAAGCUGCUUUAGCUCAUUAUAAAUAUACCGGAUCUCGACAGUUCAUCGAUGUUAUGAUAAGGAAUGUCGAUUGCCUCAUGCACCAUUUCGGUCUAGCCGACAACCAGCUACAUGGUUAUCCUGGACAUCCCGAACUUGAAUUAGCAAUGUUGAGACUAUAUAGCCUGACCCAAGAUCGUAGACAUCUGCAAUUCGCCAAGUACCUUCUGGAAGCUAGAGGGGUCAAGAGGGAUGAUCAACGUGGAGAUACAUAUUUCGUAUGGGAAGCUAAACAUAGAAAAGAUGAGAUUGUCCCUCCUACGAUGGAUACCAUAGAGGAUGUAUGGUAUCACCAAGCUCAUGAACCUAUACGCGAUCAAGAAGACGUCCUGGGUCAUUCGGUCAGAGCGUUCUACCUAUUGACGGCUGCUGCGGACUUGGGCGGAUCCUUCUUGAAUGACGCAAAGAGGUUAUGGUCUGAUGCGGUAGAUAAAAAGAUGUACGUUACCGGUGGUUUUGGAACGGAGCCAAGGAUUGAAGGUUUCUCUCGUAUCCCUCAUCAUCUCCCUCAAUCAACAGGUGAAGGAGGAUGUUACGCUGAGACUUGCGCGUCUAUCGCCGUGAUGAUGACCUCGGAACGGAUCCUUUCUCACGAGCUCAAUGGGAAAGUCAGAGAUGUACUCGAACUAUGUCUGUUGAAUAACACACUCGGCGGUGGGAGUCUGAAAGGUGAUCAAUUCAGUUACGCGAACAAGUUGGCAAGUUGGGGAGACGAGGAUGUAAUCCGACACGACUGGUUCGAAGUUUGCUGCUGUCCUGGUAAUGUCAGUAGACAGCUAGGUAUGCUCGGAGGAUAUACGUGGUCGGUCAACAUCGAUGUACACGAGAGAAUUAUCAGCCUAGACAUCUAUAUUCUCCUUUCUGCCACUCGGAACAUCCCCUUACCAAACGGACAGUCAGCUACUGUAUCCAUGCGUAGUGAGAUGCCAUGGCAAGGGAAGACUGAAUGGGAAGUCAAUGCCCCGGAAGGUUGGAAUUGGAAAUUGAAAUUGCCCAACCCCGAUUAUGCUGAGAAUGUGAAGGUUUCUGAAGAUAUCGAAGAGAGAGAUCCUGGAUUCCUCAACGUAGCUCUCCCAAAUUCCUCUACUGUCACUCAAUCAUUUGAUAUGCCCAUCCGAUUACUCGCACCUCACAUCGCCACAGGACAAGACACCCUGACAGUCUCCAGGGGCCCGAUAGUCUACACCGCAGAGGCAUACGAUAACUUCGAGAUCGAAGGGGAAUACAAGCAUUUCGAAGGUGUAGGUAUCACAUCCAACACGACUUUCGAGGAGCUUCAAGAAACAAUCCAUGGUAUACCCGUUAUAACCCUCCAGGCGAAUCAACCUGCUUAUGCACUUAACGAAGUGAACCAAGAGCAAGCUUAUAGAGUGGUUAAUGGUGACCAUCCAUCAAGAUCAUGGAAAAGGUUGAGUAAGGGAUUAAAAUUCGUUCCCUGGUUUGCGAGGGGUAAUAGAGGUGGUGUAGGGCAUUUGAGGACAGGAUUUUUGAGAGCCGAUGAAGUCUUAUCUCAAGCAUGA